GCAGGAGAGGUGUUUGCGCGACGGCAUGCCACAGGAAUUCAACUCAAAAAUCCAGCUCGACUGGAUCGGUGAUCGGGGCGCAUAUAUGUGUUUGGCCCGAAGCGGAUCCGCUCAGAAACCUUAAACACUCAAAAGAAGCACCUGCUGCCGAGACAAGACCGGACCAAAGAUACAUUUAUUUUUACCGACACAAAUAUGUCUGGGAAUUCAAGCAUUUUACCCGACGAGGCCGUCUUUGCUGACUUUAGGAGGCAGUGUUUAUCAACCGAGCACUGGAUCAACAAGUAUGACAGUAACGGGAUGCAAGUUUGGGUGGAAUCAGCUCCGAAUAAAGCAAAUAAAGGACCCAAAAUCCACAAGAUCAAGUGUAAAAUGACCAUCAGAGAUGUGUCAGCUGCCACCAUGUACGACAUUAUUCAUGAUGGCCAGUACAGGAAACAAUGGGAUUCGACCAUGAUGGAGAGCUUUGACAUUGCCAAGCUGUCUGAUAAUGCGGAUGUGGGCUACUACUCAUGGAUUUGUCCAAAGCCCAUAAAGAACAGAGAUGUUGUGACUCUGCGUUCAUGGCAGGUGGCAGACGAUGAGUACACUAUCGUUAACUUCUCAGUCAAACACCCGAAACACGCUCCACGCAGCCACCUCGUGAGAGCUGUCUCCAUCCUGACUGGCUAUUUGAUCAAGCCCACGGGGCCCGACAGCUGCACCUUCAUCUACCUCUCACAAGCCGAUCCAAAAGGCUCUCUUCCAAAGUGGGUGGUGAACAAAGCGUCUCAAGUCCUCGCUCCUCGGGUGAUGAAAAACGUGCACAAUGCCGGGCAGAACUACCCAGAGUGGAAACAGCAGAACUCUCCUGACCACAAACCCUGGCUCUACCCAGAUCAGAGCACCCUGCCCAGGAUGGACCCUGCCGAACUGUCACUGCAGAGAGCAGAUUCACUGGAAAAUGUCGAUGAAAGCUCCAAAAGAGAUAACCAGGACAGCGAGGACAGCAGCUAAAUCACAUUUAAAACAUUUUAAAGAGAUAAAAAGGAAUGCGGACUGUAUAUAUUGAAACCAAAGUUUAAAAAAGAGGUUACUUAGGAGACUCUCAGCUCUCCAGGAUAGCAUCCUCGCCCUCCAAUUUUCCAUAUCUAUGUGCCUUCUUAGAUGAUGGAGAGUAUGAAGUGUUUACAAGGGACAGAAAUGAGCACAAACCAAGUUCCCAUACACCUCAAUCCAUGCUGAACUACGCUAGUGUCCAGUCAGAACCGUUUUAAUGUGACAUUCGUGUUAAAGCACUACAUUGGCAGCUCCAGGCCAUUUUUAACUACAGCUGCUUAAAACACACCAGCAGUGUUUCCAAUUAAAGGAAAGAAAGAUAGUUAUCUACUGUCUUAUUCCAAGUGCCUCCAAUUGUAAUGGAAAUGUUCACUUUGUUGUUACUAAUAAUGCGUCACCAGUGAAGUUAUGUUGCUUUUAAAUGACCUUUUUUUUGUCACAAGUGAAUUUUUGGGCUUUUGUUUAAAGAUCAUCAUUGCUUAUAUUUCUGCCUUCAAUGUGUAAUGAGAAUUGCAGUUUUGUGUAAUCAAAGUGAACGCAUUGAAAAAUAUCAGACGUUCGACUCAGAAUGAACAUCGUCAGAGGCUGUAACACUUAUUAUGUAAAUAAGAUUCUUUUAUUUGAAUAUGGCAUUACCUUAAUGAUUGGAAUUACCAUAAAAGGUAUUUAUUUAUUGUUGUAUUUAUUACUGUAAGCUGAUGAAUUCGAGCUGGUGAACACAGACUGGAAUGAAGCCCUGCAGGCUGAGAUCUUACCUUUUUUUUUUCUAUGAUUACAUAUUUUGAAAAACUGCUGCAGAGUUUAUGAUUUUUUUUAAAAUAAACAUCACUCUGAUUUGUACAAUUACAAUGAUUUGUAA